CACGUGCCUUGUAAAAUCGAGUGAGUGGGUGCUACUCAGUGACUGUUGAACGUGCUACUCUACCGUUCGUCGACGAGUGGAGGCUGGCUUUACCGCCGUGGUUCGGCGAGCGUUGAAAGUUGAGCAUAUCCUUUUUGUCUCGUCUGAAGGAGCGGGAAAGAUCAAGUAGGGGGAAAAAUGGAGGACGUUUUGACCCCAACCGGCGACACCAUAUUGGACCAGGCGGUCCGACAGUGGCUGCAGUAUGACCGGAACCCCAAAACGAUAUCAAUGGUGCAGGAUCUGGUGAAGAAGGGAGCUGUGGAGGCUCUGAGGGAGUGUUUCUCCUCCAGAAUGGAAUUUGGUACAGCGGGACUCAGAGCAGCCAUGGGCCCUGGCAUUUCCUGUAUGAAUGACCUCACAGUCAUCCAAACCACACAGGGCUUCUGUUGCUACCUGGAGCAGAGUUUUAAGGACCUUAAAGAGCGAGGUGUGGUGAUUGGGUACGACGCUCGGGCCCACCCUCCCAGCGGGGGCAGCAGUAAGCGAUUCGCCAGCCUGGCUGCAGCCGUGUUCAUCAGUCGAGGAGUGCCGGUCCACCUCUUCUCUGACAUCACCCCGACGCCCUUUGUGCCGUUCACGGUUUCCCAUCUUGGCCUGUGUGCUGGUGUCAUGGUAACAGCUUCACACAACCCCAAACAGGACAACGGCUACAAGGUGUACUGGGAGAGUGGUGCCCAGAUUGUGCCCCCCCAUGAUGUAGGGAUCUCUAAAGCCAUCAAGGAGAACCUGGAGCCGUGGCCAGAGGCCUGGAACUCUGAGGAGGCCCUGAAGAGCCCCUUGCUGAAGGACCCCUACCAGGACACUUUCACACAGUACUUCAAAGCCAUCCAGAAACACUGUCAUCACAGGGACAUCAACAAAAGCUCAGAGGUGAAAAUAGUUCACACGUCUGUGCAUGGAGUUGGUCAUGCUUUUGUCCAGUCAGCAUUCAAGGCCUUUGAUCUCCCUCCUCCAUACGCUGUAGACCAGCAAAAAGAUCCAGAUCCGGAAUUUCCCACCGUUAAGUACCCCAAUCCUGAGGAGGGGAAGGGAGUCUUGACUCUGUCAUUCGCUCUUGCAGUGACGGAGGGAGCCUCUGUGGUGUUGGCCAAUGACCCUGAUGCUGAUCGACUGGCUAUAGCUGAGAGGCAGGACAGUGGACAGUGGCGAGUCUUCAGUGGUAAUGAAUUGGGGGCGCUGCUCGGCUGGUGGAUGUUCCACUGCUGGAAAGAGCAGAACCCCGAUGCUGCUGUCGUGAAAAACAUCUACAUGCUUUCAAGCACGGUGUCUUCCAAAAUACUGCGGGCCAUCGCUCUGAAGGAGGGCUUCCACUUUGAGGAAACUUUAACAGGAUUCAAGUGGAUGGGGAACAGAGCCAAAGACCUCUUGGACCAGGGCAAGACGGUUCUGUUUGCUUUUGAAGAGGCCAUAGGGUACAUGUGUUGUAAUUCCGUACUGGACAAGGAUGGAGUGAGUGCUGCAGCCAUCGCAGGAGAGAUGGUUGCUUAUCUGGCUACCAAAACCAAAAGUCUCUCUCAGCAGCUCACCGCCAUCUUUGAAGAGUAUGGCUACCACAUCAGCAAGAAUUCCUACUUCAUCUGCCAUGACCAGGACGUGAUCUGCAGCCUGUUUGAGCGUCUGCGCAACUUUGGCGGCAAGACGGAAUCGUAUCCCACCAAAUGUGGUCGCUUUUCCAUCUCUGCUGUUCGAGACCUGACCACUGGAUACGACAGCAGCCAGCCAGACAAGAAGGCUGUUCUUCCCACCUCCAAUUCCAGUCAGAUGAUCACCUUCAGCUUCUCCAAUGGGGGUGUAGCCACAAUGAGGACCAGUGGCACUGAACCAAAAAUCAAAUACUACACAGAGCUCUGUGCAGCUCCUGGAAACAGUGAUGUGACACAUCUGAAGAAGGAGCUGGAUGACCUGGUUGACGCCAUCAUUGACGACUUCUUUGAGCCUAUAAAGAACAAGCUUCAGCCCAAACAAGAGUAGGACAAAUGAGGACCAGUGUCUAUGACCUGCACUUAAUGUGUCUUAAUUACUUCAGAGAUGACCUAGACUUUUAAUUUCAGUGACACUUUUGCCAGUUUUAAAUUCCUUUUUAGGGGGUAUUUAGACCAGUUAAUACAACAAAUGACCCUGUGUGGCAACAUGUGUCUUCAGCUUUGAAUUUGUGUUGCUAUUCGUCUGUUUUGAGGCUUGUAAUGAAAAAUUUAUUUGAUUGUAUUUAGCAGAAUUUAAAUUUAAAUUUGAUGCACUUUGUUCUCAAAAUUUGACCACAGCUGUAAAUUAUUUUGCCACAGUCAUUCCUGUUUCCAGAUAGUCAUGAGGUAAACUCACUGCUUUAUAUGACAUCUGUAUAACCAAAUGCAUUCCAGUUUAACACUGUGCGUGUGGUGUAGAGUAACAAACACUGUAUCAGAUGGUACUCGGCGUAGUAAAACUGCUCCUAAACCUUUAAGGCAUCUUUCUAAAGUGUUGCACUGGACUUGAUCACAGUUUUGACCUUCAGUCCUUCUCGAGAUCAGACAAAUGUUAUAUAAAAUACUGAUCUUAUCUUCUAUUUCCAUCCAAAAAGGCUUCAGCCAUACCCACUAAUCUUCAUAAUUUAUAUAAAUGCUUUAAAAACAUACAAGAAACCUAUACUAUAUGCUAUUGACAGUAUACAAGUUUUAAGUACCAAACAAAUACAUAUGCCCCCAAAUAUACUUGUUAGACGUGUAGAGAAUGUUUAAUUAGAUCAAAUUAAGCAUCAUGAAUAACAUUCCUAAUCAAAACCAGCAUUGAAACCUAGGAUGGGUUUUAUCACCAUAAGUACAGAGUAUUGGGCUUUAAACAGUGUCUAAUACCAUAAACAUUACUCAUCCUGAGAAGGACGGAGGGCUAAAACUUUGAUCCAUUAGCUGGAGGGUGCUACACCUUUCAACAUUUUACAAUAUUGUUUUAUUUAUUUAUUUAUUUUUGCAGAUAAACAAUUAUACUGUAUACACAACCAAAUAUGAGUUUGGGAUCAACUGCAAAUGUUCAUAGGAUAAGGCAUAAAAUGUGUCUUAUUAGAAAAUGUAAGAAACGCCUGGUAGACCUCGGUCAUUCUGGUUGACAGUUAUGGAUUUUACCUCGUCUGCAGACUAAGCUGGCCACUCUGGCACAGACAGAAUACGGUGUAUUUAAAUAUUUCUAAAACAUUUUGGUAGAGUCUUUUGGGUUGUUAUCCUGUUGCGGGGCUAAAUUAGCCCUAGUUGGCAGAAUCCUGAACGUAAUGACCAGUCUUCUGAGAUGUUCCGGGGUAAUAUCUCAUCAGAUUACUAUGAACACUUGUCAGCCAGAAUGCCUGAUGUCUGCCAGGCUGGAUUUGCUGCAAAAGUAUAAAAUCUAAGAAAACAUUCAUCAUUUCCAUUAUAUUACUGACUCAGUGUGUGCAUAUACUAUUCAUUUGGUACAUUCCCUAUUCAGACCUGUUCAUGACCUCACUUUAGAACAGCAGUGUACACAUUACACACUUUACAUAUGUGCCAUGGGAAGGGAAACAAGAUUUACGGAGAAAUGUCAACCUCAAGUCUUAGAACGCCACGAGGUGGAGACAUUAUGCAUUGCCUUUCAUACAACCACUGUUCUCUUUUGGUUCAAUUGAGUCGAAACCUGCUUAUUCUGCCAUUAACACCACUCUGUGUCUGAGGAGUGAAAUACUGUGCUUGUAAGCUUUUUAUUUUCAAAUAAAAUACGAUUUUCCUUCAAAAUUG